AUGACGACGAUGGUUAUAGCAGGCACUCCGCUAGCGGAAGCUUUGGCAAAUGUUAUUCCCCCGAAAUUGGUCGAAAUGGGGUGGAGUUCCGACGGCGAUGAUUCGGCCUUGAUAGAUUAUGUGAUCCUCAUGUUGGUCAACGGCAAGACCCAGGAGCAGAUCGCCAACGAUCUCUCCAACGAUCUCCUUGGCCUUGGCGAAGGUGAUACUCAAGCUCUGGAAUUCUCGAGGUGGUUGUUCGAACAGGUCGAAAUCCUCAACCAACAGAUCAACGGUGGCGGCGCCCCGACGUUGAACGACCCGACUUCGGCGCAAGCAAUUCCUUCGUUCGCAGAUCAAGAGAACGCCAUCCCUCAGCCGACCGGUCCUGAAAACGGCGCACAAGAUGCAGACAUGGCGAUGGGUGAUGAUACGGCAUCGGCAGGUGACUCGAUACCAACGGGCCCGAAGGCAAUGCGCAAUGGGCGCCCUGCUGGAAGGGGUCGGAUGCUCAACCAAAUAAACAGAGCUAUGGAUCGUGGCGACCGCGGCGACUCGGCGCUUCAUCGUGUUCGUGGGCCUGGUGGUGGGCGGAUCAACGCUCAUGGGCAGAAUAAUGGAAAGGGACGGUACAAUCAGAAUGGCGGAGGAAGGAUGCAGGGCGGCCGUCAGAUGAAUAUGGGUCCGAUGACGAACAUGAGCCCGAACGAUCAGAUGCAGCUCAUGUCUCUUCUAGAAGAGCAGGCACGCAUGAUGGCGCAAUUCAUGCCUAACUUCGUUUCUCCUGCAAUCAACCCCGCAUUUCAGCAGAAUGGCCCUCAACAGGGUCGGUCACUGUUCGACCGCGUUGAACGCCAGCAUGGUCACCGGCAGCACCGCCAUCAGCGCAAUAAUCGCACGAACGACCAAGACAAUGAUACCGACAUGGACAUGAAACCCCAAGGCGAGCAGGACGAGAGCAAUACCGAUACUGUUUGCCGAUUCAAUCUUCGCUGUAGCAGGAAGGACUGUCCUUUUGCUCACCAAUCGCCAGCCGCUCCCGAAGGCAGCCCGGUCGACGUCUCGGAUCACUGUUCGUAUGGAGCAGCAUGCAAAAAUCGCAAGUGCACAGGGCGUCAUCCUUCGCCAGCUGUCAAGUCUGCUCAUCAGGCGGAGGAGAUGUGCAGGUUCUUCCCCAACUGCGCCAACCCCCACUGCCAUUUCAAGCAUCCUUCCAUGCCGUUGUGCCGAAAUGGCGCCGACUGCACCGUUGAGGGCUGCAAAUUCACACACCUUCAAACGGCAUGCAAAUUCAAUCCUUGUCUCAAUCCAAGCUGUCCCUAUAAGCAUGCUGAGGGCCAAAAGGGUGCCUUCUCCGACAAAGUCUGGACUCCGAAUUCUGGGAAACCCCACGUGAGCGAAAGGAAGUUCGUGACGGAUGAGGAUGGGGCGGAGGAACUCAUCAAGCCGGGCACUACGGACGGUUCUCAGAGCCAAGAGAUCCCACGUAUCACACUUGACUUUUACUGGAUAGUAAGAGGGAUCCCGCCCAGAAUAAUAGUGGCGCGGGCGCCACUGGUGCGCAGUCGCCACGAGUACCGCUCCUUGUCAACCGGACCGUAUGAUGCCGCCGUCAUUGGCGGAGGCAUUACCGGCCUCACAGCAGCCUACCGAUUAUUACAAGAUCACAACUGCGAAAAGAUCACGCUGUACGAGUCGAAAGACCGCGUCGGGGGCUGGAUGCAAUCCGACACGGUGAUGGUAGAAUCUGGCGGGGAAUUAGGGAAGCUCGUUCUCGAACGCGGUCCGCGGACUUUAAGAGCUGGGUUUCCGACAUGUCUUCCUCUGCUUGACAUGAUGUCAGAGCUUGACUUGCUUAACGAUGUGGUUGUGACGAAGAAAUCCUCUCCUGCCGCUACCAAUCGGUACAUCUACUAUCCCGAUCACUUGGUGCGCAUUCCUCAGCCCCGCCCAGACUCGAGCUGGUACGGCAACAUUUCCGAAGCCUGGAAGACUGUGGCUACGGAACCUCUGUUUGAUGGGAUACUCAAGAAUCUCUGGGGCGAGUUGACCAACCCGGCGCCCGAGUCCGGGCAGCCAGACGAGUCGAUUGCGGACUUCAUUUCGCGUCGAUUCGGCAGCCAAGUGGCGGAUAACAUGGUCUCGGCGGUCAUGGGGGGCAUUUUCGCAGGUGACAUCAAUCGUCUGAGUGCACAAACGCUGAUGGGUCCGCUCCGAAAUCGUGAGAGCGGUGGAGAAUCCGUCCUGAAGAAUAUGCUAAUCGACAUGCUGCACCGACGUAGUUAUUGGAAGAUGGAUGAUCUAUUGGCCCUGCAAGCCGGGCGCCCUCGAAAAGACCUUGACUACUGGAGAGCCCUGAAGGCGCUGCUAAAUGGUGCUAGUGUGUUUUCUCUGAAGGAGGGCCUUGAACAACUCCCACGCGCUAUUACCAAACGGUUGCUGGAAUCCAAGAAGGUCGAGAUCCUCACUUCGGCAAACAUACGCUGUAUGUUACAAAACCCUUCCACUCUCGACAUUAUGCUCGACCUCGGAUCAAAGCAGAAAGUUCGAGUUCACAAUCGAGUGAUCGCUACCGUCAAACCGAAGCAUAUAGCAGAUAUGAUUCCCAGUCGGACGGCCAGGAGCCGAUUCUAUCCUGCUCAGUCAGUACAACAUCUGAGGGCCGACGAAAACAACUAUGCGGUAACGGUCAUGGUGGUGAACCUUUAUUACAAGGCCGAACACAAACUAGACAUACCCAGAGGCUUCGGGUACCUAAUUCCACGAACGGUCCCAUUCGACCAAAACCCCGAACUGGCCCUCGGAGUCAUCUUCGGAAACGAGACUUCGGCAGGUCAGGACACUGCCCAAAACGUCAAAUUGACCGUGAUGCUCGGUGGGCACUGGUGGGACGGUAUGUCCAAGUCAGAUUUGCCGGAUCAUGAUCAGGCCUGCAAGCUCGCCCGUGCUGUGAUUGCACGUCAUCUUAAGAUUGCCGUCGAGCCGCUCGACGCGAAGAGCUACCUCCAUGUAGAUGCUAUUCCUCAGUAUACUGUUGGCCAUCUGGAACGCAUGAACGACCUCUCCCAAGCAGUCCGGGAGGACUUCCAGAACCGGCUGACACUCGCUGGCUCAUGGUAUGGAACCAGCGGUAAUGGUGUCCUUGACUGUGUCCGGCAGGGUUAUUUGGCCGCUACCUACGGUGUCGGCCAGACACUCAGUGCUGACUUGGGCUUGACCCCUUGGAGAGGCUAUGACUACCAGAGUUGGGAUCUAGAAGGCGGCAUUGUGACCUCACCGGUGAGAUUUGCCGAGAUCCAUAGCUCGGAUCGCAAACUACUUUAA